AUGUCUGCCUCCGCCAGAAUCCCCGUGAUCGCCCAGCCCUUUGUCAGCGACAAGGCAAAGAAGACCCUUGACCUGGUCGAGGAAUUCGUCGAGACAGAAUGUAUUCCCGCCGAAGCCCUCUUCUCCGCCCAGCUCGGCCAGGGUGAGCAGCGAUGGAACACCAACCCGGCUAUCAUGGAGGAGCUCAAGGCCAAGGCCCGCAAGCUCGGUCUGUGGAACAUGUUCCUUCCCAAGAACCACUUCACCCAGGGUGCUGGCUUCAGCAAUCUCGAGUAUGGUUUGAUGGCGGAGUAUCUGGGCAAGAGCAAGGUCGCUUCGGAGGCUACGAACAAUGCUGCUCCCGAUACAGGAAACAUGGAGGUCCUGGCCAAGUAUGGUAACGACCAACAAAAGGCGCAGUGGCUGGCGCCCCUGCUUGAUGGAAAGAUCCGAUCUGCGUUCCUCAUGACCGAGCCGGAUAUCGCUUCUAGUGAUGCGACCAACAUUCAGCUUGAUAUCCGCCGCGAGGGGAAUGAGUAUGUUCUUAACGGAUCUAAAUGGUGGUCCUCUGGCGCUGGUGACCCCCGCUGCCAGAUCUACCUCGUCAUGGGCAAGAACGAUGCCAGCAACCCUGACCCCUACAAGCAGCAAUCUGUCGUCCUCGUCCCGGCAAGCACCCCGGGAAUCACCAUUCACCGCAUGCUCAGCGUCUACGGAUAUGACGACGCUCCCCAUGGCCACGCCCACAUCACAUUCAAGAACGUCCGCGUCCCGGUCGCCAACAUGGUCCUCGGCGAAGGCCGCGGCUUUGAAAUCAUCCAGGGCCGCCUUGGUCCCGGCCGUAUCCACCACGCGAUGCGCACCAUUGGGGCGGCUGAACGGGCCGUUGACUGGCUGAUUGCUCGCAUCAACGACGAGCGCAAGAAGCCCUUCGGACAAGCUCUCGCUUCGCACGGCGUCAUCAUUGAAUGGCUCGCGAAGUCUCGCAUCGAGAUUGACUCGGCUCGCCUCAUCGUCCUCAACGCAGCUAUCAAGAUCGAUCAGGGUGACGCCAAGUCUGCCCUUAAGGAGAUCGCCCAGGCCAAGGUUCUCGUGCCCCAAGCCGCACUGACGGUCAUUGACCGCGCCGUUCAGGCAUACGGCGCUGCCGGUGUCUCUCAGGAUACGCCGCUCGCAUACCUGUGGGCGUUGAUCCGAACGCUGAGGAUUGCAGAUGGUCCGGAUGAGGUGCAUCUGCAGCAGCUCGGAAAGAGGGAGAACAAGGUCCGCAAGGACGAAGUUGCGAAGAGGUUGGCGUGGCAGAGGGAGGCGAGCGAUAGGAUUCUGACCGCGGCUGGAUUCCCCAAGACGAAGAGUUCUCUAUAA